UAACAGAAUCAGAUCAAGAAAAUUCACACUUCACAGUGUUCACCAUGGCAGUUUCACAAGCUGUUUCCGCCAUUGUUAUGCUGCUGCUCUUGGUUGCACUUCUUCCCACAUGCCUUUCUCAGGAGGUCCCUAUCACCCCAGGCCAAGGACAAACCGUGUCCGACUGCAACCCUCGCCUGGUGGCUCUCAUGCCAUGUGCACCAUUCGUGCAGGGCAAUGCUCAAAAACCGGCACAAUCCUGCUGUGACAAUCUCAACCAGCUCUACGGACUGCAACCUGCUUGUCUUUGCCUCCUUCUCAAUGACACCACCUUGACUGCCUUUCCUAUAAACAGGACACUUGCAGUCCACCUACCUCUUCUUUGCAAGCUCCGAGUAAACACCUCAGCUUGCUCAGGGUUGUCUUCUCCUCCUGGUUCAUCUGGUUCUCAAGUUUCUCUAGGGACAAAUAACUCUUCAUCUGUUGCUUCUUCCCCCAUGGUGAACCCAAAUGUUCCAGUGGCACCAAGACCAAACAUCAUGGGUUUGGGGCUCGGCCGGAGCGAUGUUGGAAGAUUGAAGACUCGUGAUCUCUUAGCAAUGGUGACUGUUGCUGUAAUUCUGCUUUCAAGGCUGGUGCUUGAUGCUGGGUUUAUGGCUUAG